AUGAUUUCAACCAAUAUUAAAGGAAGUAAUCAUAAAGUACUUUCUAUCUUGGCAUUUGGCGGUGCUGUUGGACAGGAAAGUCGUCGUGAAAUGGUGAAACGAAUGGUUCGCAAUGCUGAAAAUGAGAAGCAAAAUGUUGAAAAACGUGAAUUCUAUCGAUGUUUGUACUAUCCUCCUCCACCACCACCACCCUCAGGACCUAUUUGGGUCUGA